UGGUGUGAUAAAUUUACCCGUAUGAUACCGGUACUAUUAUCUUACCAUACGGGACCCGCCAUUCGGGUUGGUGACACGGGAGGGAUGAACGAACCUUACCGUAUCAUACACCCGGGCCCCAUCCAUCCGUCAAGUUCCCGGAUUUCACACAUUUCAAAUAUUUAAAUUACCGGAAUGGUACGAUACUCGAUUACCUGUUGCCCGGUAUCAUACAAGUACAGUACAAAUGCCGACUGUUUUAGCAAGAAAGUCUGGCGAUAAACACGAAAGCCCAGAAAUCACGACUUUCAAGUGACCCGGCCAAUAAUCCUUUGAAGAGGAUCUGUCACAACAUUCGGGGCCUUCUCGAAUCUCGGCCGUUGUCAUUCGCACAAUGGGUUAGCAACCGGGCGAGUCCAGGUGCUUAAAAAUGUGGAGCCCACCUUCUCCCUCUGUUCUGCAAUCUCCAGAUUCAGAGACAAGGCCAUAGAAGGAUAGGCGUUUUCCUAACACAGCAUAUGAUUGAUCCCCGGAGGGAUGUCAGAUUUCAUUAAUUGGCAUUCACAAUCCAGCCAACCUGUCAAACUAAACCUGUCCUAGGCUCACGCGCUGAUUCCCGCCGGUAAUCUGAUACCGGUGAUGCAUUUCCAAGAUCUUGCGGCCAUUUACUGUACAUGUACAUGUACACAAAGGGAUCCGGACCCCGCAAGAGCCUCAUGUCGCCAUUUUUUUUUUCACCCCUCCAAUUGACCAAUUAAACCACACGCUUUACCAAAUCCUAAUAUUUUCAUUAUAUCGCCCUAUCCCCGUCCCGCAAACUUUCUCCGACAGCAGGAUUAGUAUAAAAGGUCACUUAUGCCACUUCACAAAAUGCCUUGUAAACUUCCGGAUCUGAAAAACUUGCCGUCUAUGAUGCCGGGAUUAAUUGCUUCUCCUGGUCUUUUGACCUCAUUUGACUGUUCGGGGCAGGUUCACUUAAUCGUCGGAUCGAACCCUCUUGCUGGGGCACGCUGCGCCAAGAGUCUGGAAGUCGGGGCGAAGGUUAAACUUAUUGCUCCCGACUCUGAAACUUUACAUUACGGGCUACGGCAGCGGAUUGAAGCUGAGGAGAUUCAGUGGAUUCGACGGGAGUUCCGAUCCGAAGACUUGACAACCUUGGGGAGAGCUGAGGUUGAUCAGGUUGCUGACUUGGUGUUUGUUACCUUACCAGUUGAGUGUACACAAUGUAUGCGAUCCUAUACUUAAUGAGCAAGAGCGGAUAAGAACUGAUAAGAUAUGAAUAGGCACCUACAUAUCUAAUCAAUGUCGGCGACUCCGAAUUCCAGUUAACGUCGCUGACGCCCCACACCUUUGCAGCUUCACGCUAUUGUCAACCUAUUCCGACGGGCCCCUACAGAUCGGGGUGACUACUUCUGGCAAUGGAUGCAAGCUAUCUAAUAGGAUUAAGAGAGAAAUCACAAAUACACUACCACAAGGAGUGGGUGCAGCCUGCACUCGCCUGGGCAAGCUCAGGCGAAGACUGUGGGAAGAGGAUCACGGAGAGACGGACAUUUUCGACGAAGAUGUAGAUGGCACAGACCAGAGGUGUAACUUCAACGCAUUGGUUCUCCCAGAAGACGCGGAUGCAGCGAAAACUCGGCGGACACGUUGGCUCUCGCAAAUUUGCGAGUACUGGCCAUUGGAAAGGUUGGCAGGGCUCACAGACGACGACAUCGGGCCUCUACUAGAAUCAUACAUAAACGCCAAUAAUUCCGGACACAUCCCACAACCGCCAGGCUCCCUUCCGCGCGGGGGCAGAAUAAAGCUUGUCGGCUCCGGUCCUGGCCAUCCAGACCUCCUAACGACCGCCUCCGUAAACGCCAUAACUUCCGCCGACCUAGUCCUAGCGGACAAACUCGUCCCCCAGCCCGUCCUCGCCCUAGUCCCGCGACGUGCGGUAGUCCAUAUAGCUCGCAAGUUCCCCGGUAACGCCGACAAAGCUCAAGAAGAGUUCCUAGAGCUCGGUCUAGAAGGUCUCCAAAAAGGGUUAAACGUCAUCCGACUGAAGCAAGGAGACCCAUACAUCUAUGGCCGGGGCGCCGAAGAAUUUGAAUUCUUCGAGCGCCGUGGGUACACCCCCACCGUUCUCCCGGGAAUAACUUCCUCGCUGUCAGCGCCGCUGUUCGCUUGUAUACCGCCAACACAUCGCGGGGUCGCAGAUCAGGCACUCAUCUGCACGGGUACAGGCCGAAAGGGCGCUGCACCGGAGAUGCCGGAGUACGUUAGUACUAGAACGACGGUGUUCCUUAUGGCGCUACAUAGGCUUGGCGAUAUGGUGCGUGACCUGAAAAAGAAGGGUUGGCCGAUGGAGGUGCCCUGCGCGGUUAUCGAGAGGGCAAGUUGUCCGGAUCAGAGGAUUGUGAGAUCCACUCUUGAGAAUAUAUGCUUUGCGGUUGAGGAGGUAGGGUCUCGACCGCCGGGACUGAUUGUUGUAGGGUGGGCGUGUGAGGUUGUGAAAAAGCUGGAUGGGAAGAAAUGGGUUGUUGAGGAGGAGGUGUUCAGGCUUUAGGACCUGUUUCUCGUCCAAGGAGUUGUGUCUAGAAUUUCUUGCUUAUUGAAUUGUCUCCUGUAUAUAAUAAAUACCUGUGUUAGAUCG